GGGCUGAGACAGUGAAGACGGCUGCGGGAAUUUCUUAGCCUUCCGACCAGGAAUAGGACACUAAAGAGUAAAACGCGUGCAGGAAUUUCUCUAAGGUGCUCAAUCAAACUGGACUGCAGUCUCUCCUUGACAGACGGUGUACAUCAUGGCUCUUCCUUUUAAGAAAGAUCUGGAGAAGUAUAAGGAGAUCGAUGAGGAUGAGAUUCUGAAUAAACUGUCAGAGGAGGAGCUCAAGCAACUGGAGAGCGCACUUGAGGAGAUCGACCCUGAGAAUGCUUUGCUGCCAGCCGGACUUAGGCAGAAGGACCAGACGUCAAAAACAGACACCGGCCCUUUUAACCGUGACAAACUUUUGCAGUAUUUGGAGAAAGAGGCUUUGGACUAUAAAGAGAGAGAAGACAUUGUCCCCUUCACUGGAGAGAAAAAAGGAAAAGUAUGGAUUCCCAAACAAAAACCAAUCCAGCUUCAUCAGGAGGAAGCCACAACCUUGGACCCCGAGUUGGAAGAGGCUCUGUCCAGUGCUACUGACACAGAACUGCAUGACCUGGCAGCUAUUCUUGGAGUGAACACACUGGUGACAAGCACGCAGAGUUAUGACGGCAGUAAAGACGGUUAUAACAAUGUCAUUAAAGGAGAAAAGGUAAAGCCUGUUUUUGAUGAACCUCCAAACCCUACAAACGUUGAAGAAAGUCUGCAGAGGAUAAAGGCCAAUGAUCCCACGUUGACUGAAGUCAAUCUCAACAACAUCAAGAACAUUCCAAUCCCGACCCUGAAGGAGCUUGCGAAAGCCAUGGAGAGGAACACUCAUGUGAAGAAGUUCAGUCUGGCUGCCACCAGGAGCAAUGACCCUGUUGCUGUGGCGUUCUCAGACAUGCUGCGAGAAAAUAAGACGCUAAGGAGUUUGAAUUUGGAGUCUAAUUUCAUCACCGGUGCAGGAGUUCAGGCUCUUGUAGAAGCUCUUCGAGACAACGACACGCUUUCAGAGAUCAAGAUCGACAACCAGCGGCAGCAGCUCGGUACGUCGGCUGAGAUGGAGAUCGCGAAGAUGCUGGAACAGAAUACAAGCAUCGUGAAGUUUGGGUACCACUUCACCCAGCAGGGUCCCAGAUCCCGCGCCGCUGCCGCAAUCACAAAAAACAACGACCUGGUGCGACGGAGGCGAGUCGAGAGGGAUGUUUAAAGCAUAUUCCACUCUCGCUUUCUCUCUCUCGGCUGAUCAGACUCUUGUGCCAAACCCUCUGAGGGAGACGCUUCACCUGAAGAAGGGACACAACUGGAUACUUUGCCUCCCUAAUGUUAAUACUCUUAUACUUUUUUUUGGUUAUGUAUUAUCAUUGAUGUUAUAAUUGCUGUUUGUUUUAAUAGCUGCUACUCUUGUGCAGCUCUUUUUGUUGUUGUUGUUUGGUUCAUGUCUGCUCUAUUCUUUGUAAAAGUUCUUUGAAACGAAACAGAAGACGGUUAAUCACUCGCA